AGAUGCACGCAGCUCGGCGCGCUCAGUGUGGAGUGGCGCGGCUGGCUGCAGCGGCACAUUGGCUCCAUCCCCUCUCUUUCAUCUCAUUCCCCCCUCACCCCCGCCACGCCGACAUCUAUCUGCGAAAAAAAAAAGAAAAAAAAAAAAAGUAUAUAUUUCUGAUCGCCACCGCACCAGGAGGAGGAUUUAAUUGCGUGCGUCUGUGGGUGUGUGCACGCGCCUGCGCGCGCGUGUGUGAGCAGAAGGAGGGUACAGGCUCGUCACGUCGGUGCAAGCUGCUGUAAAAGGUCCUCCAAUUCAACAAUGUGUGGACGGGGCACCGUGGCCUCACUGUGCCUGUUGGCUUGCUUGCUGGUGGCCUUCAGUGGCGUCCUGGGUGCGAAAAGCUCUGGGCAGAACAGCUUGACAGAGGGGGAUACAGAUAACACAACAGUGUUCACCAAAAUCUUGGACAGCCUUCUGGACGGCUAUGACAACCGCCUCAGGCCGGGACUGGGAGAGCGUGUAACUGAAGUCAAGACUGACAUUUUCGUGACUAGUAUUGGGCCAGUUUCGGACCACGACAUGGAGUACACCAUUGACGUGUUCUUCAGACAGAGCUGGAAGGACGAGAGGUUAAAGUUCACAGGUCCCAUGGCCGUGCUGCGUCUCAACAACUUGAUGGCCAGCAAGAUCUGGACACCUGAUACUUUCUUCCAUAACGGCAAGAAGUCAGUCGCCCACAACAUGACCAUGCCCAACAAACUACUGCGGAUCACAGAGGAAGGCACGCUGCUCUACACCAUGAGGCUGACUGUGAGAGCAGAAUGUCCCAUGCACCUUGAAGACUUCCCCAUGGAUGCUCAUGCCUGCCCACUCAAGUUUGGCAGCUAUGCUUACACUCGAGCAGAGGUGGUGUACGUGUGGACCAGAGGGGCCGCCCAGUCCGUGGUGGUGGCGGAUGACGGUUCCAGGUUGAACCAGUAUGAUCUGAUGGGGCAAAGCGUGGACUCAGGUGUGGUGCAGUCCAGCACAGGAGAGUACGUGGUGAUGACCACCCACUUCCACCUGAAGAGGAAAAUUGGCUACUUUGUGAUCCAGACGUAUCUGCCCUGCAUCAUGACGGUCAUCCUCUCCCAGGUGUCCUUCUGGCUCAACAGAGAGUCUGUCCCUGCCAGGACUGUUUUUGGAGUGACGACUGUCCUGACCAUGACGACUCUCAGUAUCAGCGCCAGGAACUCCCUGCCCAAAGUGGCCUACGCCACUGCUAUGGAUUGGUUCAUCGCCGUGUGCUACGCCUUUGUCUUCUCGGCCCUCAUUGAGUUUGCCACAGUCAACUACUUCACCAAGCGAGGUUACGCCUGGGAUGGAAAAAGUGUGGUGCCGGAGAAGCAAAAGAAGAAGAAGGAGUCCCUCCUGAAAAAGAACAACACCACAGCGUACCCGGCAGCCACGGCUACAGCAUUCGCCCCCAACAUUGCCAGGGACCCUGGAUUGGCCACCAUUGCCAAAAGCGCUCCGCCGCCACCGACCGAGCCCAAGGAGGAGCCAAAGCCCAAACCUCCCGAGGCUAAGAAGACCUUUAACAGCGUCAGCAAGAUUGACAGGAUCGCCAGAAUAGCCUUCCCUCUGCUUUUUGGAACCUUUAACUUGGUCUACUGGGCCACCUACUUGAAUAAGAAGCCCAAACUGCAGGGGAUGGAUCCACACUAAUCCAUCUUUGGCUCCUUUUCAAUUCUACCUAUAACUUUCAUUUUAUUUGGUAUUCUUCCUCAACAGAAAAGAAAAAAAACGGAGAAAUGUUUAUUUUCAGACAAACAUGAUGUCCACGCUGGUUUGACUCCCCAGUCGUUGCUUUGCUUCUGUUCUAUCAACAUUUUGAAGAUUUUGAGAAAACAAAACAGAGACAUGAAAAUAUAUUUAAAAAAAGAACAACAUUGAUACAGACUUUUGAGAGGGUUGCUGUUCAGGUGCGGGAUGACACUUCUAAGAAAAUGCUAGCGUAAAUAUAUACAGUAGCCAAGAGGAGAAUGCUAUUCCAUCUACCAAUCUUGUCUAGGGCUUUUUCUUUCCACGUGGUUCUUUUUUUCAGGGUUCUGGUUAUAAUAUGUGCUUUGCAGAGAAAAGGGUGUCUCUUGACUACUUGACACGAGAUAAAAUACACGAGUUGAAGAACAAAUCAUGGAAAAGGUCCAACAGUUUCACAUGCCCUUACUGCCCAACAUUCAGUGUCACAACAAACCGUAGGGUCAGCUUGUCGCUUGUCAAAGGACAGGAAUCAAACUUAUGGUCCUCUACAUAUUUGUAAAAGUACACACAAAGCAGGUGUGUCUCAGUUUUAUAUCUUCUAACUUGGAUUCUUCUCAUCAAAAAAAAAAGAAAGAAGAAGUUACUGUAAAUGACUGUUAGUUUUUUCGGCAUUGAAAACAAGUCAUGCUUUUCAUUAAAAAGAUAGAUCGCUAUCGCUUCAAUAAAAGCAUGCACACUGCAUCCGGAAAGUAUUCCCAGUGCUUCACUUUUUCCACAUUUUGUCACGUAAUAUAUUCAAAAUAUUGAUUUUUGUCCUCAAAAUUCUACAGAUAAUACACCUCGAAGACAAUGUGAAAAAGUUUGAUUUUUUUAAAUUUAGCAAAUGUAUUAAAAAUAAAAAACUAGAACAUAAACUAUGCACACCUAUUCCAUUCCUCUUCACAGCUCCUCUCAGGCUCCAUCAGGUUGGAUGGGAAUCUUUGGUUUUUGUCCAGGAUGUCUCUGUACAUUGUUGCAUUCAUUUUUCCCUCUAUCCUGACUAGUGCCACAGUUCUUGCUGCUGAAAACCAUCCCCACAGCAUGAUGCUGCCACCACCAUGCUUCACUGCAGGGAUGGUAUUGGCUUGGUGAUGAGCGGUGCCUGGUUUCCUCCAAACCUGAUGCCUAGCAUUCACGCCAAAUAGUUCAUUCUUUGUCCAGAGAGUUUAGUUUCUCAUGGUCUGAGAGUCUUUCAGGUGGAUCUUUUCAUACUUCUUCCCAAGAAAUUAUUUAUGUCCGGGCACUACCACAGAGGCCUGAUUGGUGGUUUGCAAAAGCGAUGGUUGUCCUUAUGGAAGCUGUAGCUUUGACAGAGUGACCAUCGGGUUCUUGGUCACCUCCCUGACUAAACUAAAAUGAGUUGAGCUUGAGAGGUGCUGUAAAGAGGAAUGUACAAAACUGCCCAAAGAUAGUUGUGCUAAGGUGGUGGCAUCGUGUUCAAAAAGUUUUGAGGCUGUAAUUGCUGCCAAAGGUGCAUCAACAAAGUGAUGCGGAAAAGCUGUGAAUACUUAUGAAGAGGGGAUUUUUAUUUUUUAAUUUGGGUAAACUUGCAACAUUGUCAUUAUGGGGUAUUGUCUAUAGAAUUGUUGGAAUUUUUAUUUAUUCAUUACACUUUAUAAUACGGCUGUAACAAAAUGUGGAAAAAGCGUUGUGAAUACUUCAUCUCAGUUUUGUAUCUCAUUACUUUGAUUAAGUCAGGAAGUUAGAUUAGGUUGGGAGAAAAAAAUCAAUUAGGUGACUGUUUUUUUUUUGCCUUGAAGACAAAUCACAAAAUGAGGCUAUACAAGCUUUUAAUGAGAUAGCAACAGUACGAUGUAGGAAUACAUAUGGCUGCAAACUCAAUGAAAAAUAUGGAUUUCUCCUUUUUUUUUUUUCCUCCCUCAAAAGACAUGAAUGUGACUUUAAUUUUUAAAAAAAAUGUAAGAUACUUUAAAAAAUAUAUAUUUUCAACUGAAAUGUAAAACAUGUUUUUGGAGAUACAUGGUUUUCCUCGGAUAGCAACAAUUCAAAAUGCAUUACAGAAUAAUACCUGACCCACGACAAGUUCAUAGGAAUACGUGUUGCUGCUGCUUAAAUGAAAAGCAUGUCUCCAUUUGGGGUUUUUAUAUCUAAAUGUGUUAUUUUUUGUAUUUUUUAAAAUAUCUUAACAUUGGGAGUGUCAUGAUAUCCCAAGGGUACAAUGUAGUGGCUGCAAACUUAAUGUAAAACAUGAAAGUCUAACAAUUAUUUGUACCCCCCCCCCAAAAAAAAAAAAAUACAUAAAUGAAUAAAUAACAAUGUCAUAACAUUGCGAGGUAUAUGUUUUUCAUAGGAUAGCAACAACACGAUGUAGGAAUAAAUAUUGCUGCAAACUCAAUAAAACAUGCAUGUCUACAGUACUAACUAUAUUUAUCUCCCUCAAAAGACAAACAAGUGACUUUAAUAAAAAAAAAAUUAAAAAAAAAGAGAUACAAAAAUACAAACUUUCAAUUGUACAUGUUUUCAACAUGUUUUUUGGAGAUAUGUGUUUUUCAUUGGAUAGCAACAAUUCUAAAUGUAUUGCCUGAUUAAUACCCGACCCAUGACAAGUGACCCCUGCUGCUCAAAAGAAAAGCAUGUAUAUCCCUAUUUCUAAUUCCUUACUUUGGUCUUUUGUUUCUAUUAUUUGUACAUUUUAGAAAAUGAGUGUUGUAUUUACACUCUUUAAAUUGCAACAUAGGGAUAUACAUGCUUGUCAUGGGAUAGCAACAAUACUAAAAGUACUCUCCAACAUAGAGUCAAAGUAUAUACACUUAUUUAUUUACCCAGUUUUUUUUUUGAA